UGUACCUUUAUAAAAACCGUUGAUAGGAAAAGACGAAAAUACCAGCAAAAGAAUGAAUUACCAAGCAUUGCAAUUAAAAAAGGGAGUCUGCUUGUACAAGAAAUGUAAUACGAACACAAUUUGUAAGCACAAUCGCCAGCAGAUGGUCCUGUUUGUAAAAUUGGAGAGGUGUAAAAAACACAAGUCGAUAGAACUGAUUAACUUCUAAUCCGCACAGUAAAUCGACCGGCAUCGGUACAGCCAUCACAACGAAGCUGUUUGUUCUGUAGAGAAACCCAGGAUUUAACUCGCGUGCCGGUGUAAGCUUCGGUAAUCGUAUGCUAAUAAACUUCAGAGGGUGAAAUAUUUAAAACACAUACACCAGCAAACCCGUCACUGCUCAGUUCAAGAAACGCCGUGCUCGAGUUUACAACGCACUACGAGGAAUCUCCAGUUCAGACAACGUCGCUAGUUGAAGAAGGAGUGAAGAAAAACCGACUGUACAUUCUGGAAUCAGUUGGCUUAAAAGUUGCACGUGUGUUCAUUUCAUCUGAAGUCUGAAACUCUAGUGAUUAAUUUCUAUACAGUUGAUGUCAGUAUAAGUCCACUCGUGCCUUUUUUUCUCUAUUUUAGAAAGACUGCACGCUUCACGUGUUUGGCAGUGUCUUACAUAGGCCUAUGCUAAGCAUCACUGCCCAUGAAGUAGGAGCACUCCCUCAUUCGGUCGGUGAGCGACAGAAGCUGUCAAUCACACACGCGGAGGAGGGGCUACUCACAAAGCCUGCUAGUGGUGGAGCAGUGUGUCCAUCUCUGAAACCAUAAUACUCUUGGCCGUAACACAGAGUACGGCAGAGCCACACAUAAUCAUGGGUCGGUUACGGCUCUCCUGGAGAUAUAUCACGGUUUUAACAGUUUACUUGAUCACCAUUUUUACCAAGGUAACAGGAACAGAGAAAUUCGAAUUGGAAUUAUCGUCGUUUACGAACGCUCUUGCUUUGGACACGGAAGGAAAUUGUUGUCGAUCGGGAUCCGACGGAGAGUGUACGACAUGUGAAACCUUUUUCAGAAUUUGUUUGCUUGAAUACAUGCGGGAUAUACCAUCCGAUGUGGAAAAUACACAGGCUUGCACUUUUGGAGAAAAAAUCACACCCGUGCUUGGAGAUAACAGUUUUAAUAUUCCCAAGGGACUUGCCGAGGAAAAUAAUUUCGUCAACCCCCUGAAGGUUCCAUUGAAUUUCGCCUGGCCGGGAACGUUCACGCUAAUUGUGCAAGCAUUCCAUGACGUUACCAGUCUUGGGCCGCAAGAAGGCAGUGAAAGACAGCUUCUAACCAGGGUGGCUUUCCAACAGUUCCUCAACGUCAGCGAGAGGUGGACGAACAGAACUCAUACGGAGGAGAGCCAAGAACUGGCCUUUUCCUAUCGCGUCGUCUGUAACGACAACUACCAUGGCCCGUCCUGUUCCGCUUACUGCAGACCCAAAGAUGAUCACUUGGGUCACUGGAGUUGCGACGCCAACGGCCAGAGAGUUUGUCUAGAUGGCUGGGUCGGAGAAUUCUGCUUCACGGCUGUUUGUGCUGAGGGGUGUGCCCACGGCUCUUGUGACAUCCCAGGAACAUGCAGAUGUUCUUAUGGCUGGGAAGGGGAACUCUGUGAUCAAUGCAUCCCCAUCGAAGGAUGUGUUCACGGUUUCUGCGAACAGCCCGGGGAGUGCACAUGCCACCAUGGCUGGGCCGACUCACUGUGCGAUCAAGAUAUUUACUACUGCACGAACUGGGAGCCCUGCAAGAAUGGAGCCACGUGCCAGAACCGUGGACCUAACGGUUACACGUGCUAUUGUGCGCCUGGGUUUACUGGGGCAGACUGUAGCGAGGCAGUCGUUUGCCCAUGUGAGAAUGGAGGUACUUGCCAGAGCACUGCUGAGCAAGGUUACGUGUGUGCAUGUCCAUCUGGCUUCACUGGUAGGCAUUGCGAGCACCUUAUUCCUUUGUGUACAUGCAGUAAUGGAGGUACAUGCAUCAUGAAUCAGGACGGGUACCACUACCAGUGCAUGUGCCCUGAGGGAUUCACUGGUAACCGUUGCGAGACAACAGACUACUGCAGCACUGAUCCAUGUGUCAACGGUGGAACUUGUAUCAACACCCUGACUGGAUUCUCGUGUUCCUGUCCUGAUGGAUAUACUGGAAACACCUGCAGCAUGAACGUGUGCCCAGCUGAUGUGUGCAAGAACGGUGGAACCUGCGUGGCUGACUUUGAUAAUAUGCGAUGUCUCUGCGCUAGGGGUUACACCGGUGUCCAGUGUGAGAUCGAGCUCACAGAGUGCCAGCUCACCACGCCCUGUGCCCACGGUUCUACCUGCGUGGACCACGAGAUCUAUGGGUAUGAAUGCCUCUGCCAUGUUGGAUAUACCGGCAGGAAUUGCACCGUCCCCUCGGCCUGCCUCUCAAACGAGUGUCUGAACGGCGGUACCUGUUCCCCGGAUCUUAUUAAUCCGCUGGAGUUUGUGUGUAGCUGUACUUCUGGGUGGACCGGCAAGACGUGUGGAAUAUCUGCGGAUCUUGAGCCUUCCACGACGACGAAGAUGUCAUCACCAGCUACCAAAGUAGCUACUGAUGCUCGCCCCUCGCCAGGAGGAGGAGGAGUCGGUGGGGGUACUAUCUCACCCUUUCUCAACAACCCGCGUGACCUGUCUGACGUGACCCAAAUCGCCAUCUACGUGUCCUUCGGCAUAUUUAUCAUAAUCCUCAUCAUCAUUCUCAUUAUUGUAGUAUACAGACGUCAACAUGUGGACCACCACCACCACGCCCGUUCCGAACGGGACCUUGAGAAACCAGACUCAACACCUAAUAACAGACACAUGUACAGAGACAAUUUUUCACAGGAGGAGAAAGUCCUCCCGCUGCUCAGCAUCAGCAGCAAAGUUUGCAAUACAGAAAGUGACAAUUUUAGCAAAUCUAAGUGCAAAGACUUCUCCAUGAAGGAGACUUACCACGAGAGCUUACCCGUGGAAAAAAUUAGUACACAGGAGUGUAUGAGUUAUGUGCCACAGACAAGACACUCACUGCCGAGAUUGUGCGACUCGGAUGAUAGUUAUUAUUAUUACGAUGAGAAAGCAUCUCAACUGAAAAGAACUGAAUCUUUGCACUCGACGACGUGCCAGUCAACUGAAAGUACACCGAGACACAAUAUUAAGUGUUCCAUCGUACAAAUUUCAGCAGUUAUCGAAGAUAGCAACCCCAAAAGUGUAAAUAGAAAUUCACAGUGUUAUUCAGUACAUCUCAACGAAGAGAGGUCGACGCCUGUCAGAUUACAGGCUACGGAGGUAUGAGCCUUCGGCAUUGUCGUCGUGAUUGUCGUCGUCGUCGUCUCUAGCCAUCACUGCCAUGUUGUUCAUGUCCUGCUAUACAUCACUGCCAGUAUUGCUGUCGUUAUUUGAUAUCGCCUAUUAUAUCUGUUCUUCUAUGCAGUCGCAUCCGUUAUUGUGUAUACGGCCGUGGCCGCCUACGUACGUACGUACGGCUGCUAUGGAACCAUCGUGCCUUGGACUAUUAAAUCAGAGUUAAUUCGCAGCAAUAUUCCAAAGCUUGAAAAAAGAGAGAAGAAAAAAGUUUUCAAAACAAAAAAAUUGUUAGAAAAGGUAAACUGUGUUUUAGUAAAAAAAAAGUGUCUGCUUUCUGGCGCGCUGUUUUCGUUUAUCAUUGUAAGGGCCUUAUAUUAUAUAUAUUAACGGCCAUGCUUUGCAUUGAUACCACGUGGUGCAUCUAGUUAAGAUAAGGCAAGGAUAAACCGUGACCCCUUUUUUUACCGAAGUAGUUUUCUUUUUCUAUUAUGGAUGAGGUUUCUAUUCCUAUUUAUUACAAAUGAAAACAGAUCAAAAAAUAGGAACUUAAGAUUGAUUGUGUUGUUAAAUUAUUGAGAUAUAAAUUUUCUUGAAAUAUUUUAUAUAUUUUUGUGAGUUAAGAGUUUCCUUUUGAUUUCCAUAAUUUAAUUAUUAAACUAACAAAGGCAACAAUGAUAAGAAUGACUUAUAAUGACUUUAUUGAUAGCUAGAUAUUUCAUACCAUUUAGGACCAUUGUCUAGCUACCAGACUUAUUUACUAUGCAUGUGGACCAAAAUGUAUUUAUUGUGCCAGAGAUAACAAUGUGCGAACUUGGUUGUUUCUCACACACACCAUUGCGACAGAUAGGUGUUUUUUUGCUGGCGAUGUCCAAUUUUGUAUAUGCUGUGUAUAUUUUAUAGGGAAGGAAAUGCACAUCUGUAUAUACAUAAUGUGGAUAAGUAUUGAUAACAUAUGAGCAUUAGUCUUGGUAUUUUGUGAUUUUUUUUCAAUCCGAAAUAAACGAACCAAACAGACUGAUUUUAGAGAAGAAACAAGAACUUACUAAAAUAUCAUUUUUGUCAGUUCCUCGGCUCGAGGUUUAUUCGUAAAAUAUGAAGGUUUGAUAUUUCUGACCAGAGGAUGUGUAUCCAGUGAAGAUUUUGGGGUCGAAAUUUUGUUAAAUCAGCGGCGUGUACUUAAAAAAACCCCGAAAAGUUCAUCUUUUUGUCAGAAACCAUCAACCAUCGCUGUAUAUCUACAAGAACUCGCCCAAGUCAUAAUUGUACUAGCAUUUUCAUUAUUCAAACUUUCGCCUGUUGACCGUUAACUUUUUUAGCCAUUCUAAUCUUAUUAGAAGGAUUCUGAACAGAGAUUAUCCUAUUCUAUAUCCGAACUUCCAAACUUGUUCUUCUGGGGGGAAUUGUAUGCUGUACAUGGUGCUUCAAAAACCACCUUUUGGAAAAACUGGAGGAGGGAAUUUCGCAAUCUCAUUUAUCUUCGAUUUCGAAUUCAUAAAUAGUUCUCAAUCAUGAUUUGUUUGAAUAACAUUCAUAAAGAAUUCGAUCAUUUAUUGUCGUGUCUGAGAUUUGCAGACUGAGCCCAGAGGCUGUUCCAGACGCUUCAUUAACUUUUCUUUUUUUCUCGAGACAGUUCGAAAACAUUUCAAAACAACUUCAUCAAGAACUUCAUAAAGACGUGAAGUACGACUACAUACAUGUACAAUGACAAGCGAAAACAAAGCAAUUUUUGGGGAGGGCUGUCAUUUCAUCGAUACAAAUUCAAGCACACAAAUAGGUACAAUUCAGUAAAUUGUAUUUUCUUUUUUAAAAAGUUGAAAAAAAAAUGCCCAGGGGCCAAUGGCUUGGUUUACUCGUUAAUAUUAAUAAACCUUCGGAGAAAAAAAUAUGAUGCAUGCAGACUUUACACAAAGUACACGGCCCCAAACCAGACGAAACGCGCCCUAUACACGGGAUCCUAGCUUAGUUCCACAUGGGUACCCUCAGUCAACCGCCUGUAUCCUGCUUCAUUCAACUCCCCUAAAUGGGUUUUUGUAAACCAAGAGCAGGUGCAAGACUCCAUUUCCAUAACCUAGAAACAACUAAAUAAAAGAAAGCCCACGAUGCUUUUUUUGUGUGUUUGUAAAGACUCUAAAGGCCCAUUGUGUGGAGUUCCAUGGGGCGGUUGGCGGUGGGAUAGGCUUGAGGGUUUUGGGUUGUUUUGGCCCUUGAUCUAUACUAACCAGCAUGGUGGACACCCAGACAUGCCUUUCACACCCAAAACACACACCCUUGUUUAAAAACCUAGACGGAGAAAGCUGCAAAACAUGAACAGGUCAAUUUCAAGAAGGGAAAACAAGAAGUAUCCCAACUACAAAAUAUCCGAGUCCUUUUUUACUAAAUGUUUGUACAUUUUCAAUAGAGAAUUUGUCUCCUUUUCAUGCCGAGGUCUUCCAUUUUUCAAUAUACAAUUUAUGAAAUUCAAAAUGUAUGCAUUAAUACAUGCACACUUUUAGGAUGGAAUCCUAAAUAAAGAAUAAUAUUUCCCCGUUUGUAUCAGAAAAAAAAUUGCAAUUGAAUGAAUCCAAACUAUUGGAGGCCUUUUUUAUAAUUAUGCAUUUCAUAUGGAAAAUAUCUGAUUUACAAAAAAAAACAGGUUUAUACACCACACUAUUCGGACCAAUCAUUUGUUGUCGACACUAUGUACAUUUACAGUCUAUUGAAUACCCUAUACUUCACACAACAUCUUUACUUUCACUACAAUAUCUGUUAAUUUCUAUCGAUUGUUUUCCCUUUCCCUGAUACCUGUACAAUUGCCUUUUAAAUAAGAAACAACUGCCAAGUAAGGAAAUAGGCCUUUCUAAUUUGUAUCCAGUAAUAUAGUAUUGAGGAUAUAUUUAAAAACAUUUUGUCAGAAUGUGAGAAUGUCUUUGACUCGGCCGCGUUAGAUUCUCUUAUUUUAUCAACCGCCUUGUACAAACGAUUUUGCGUAUCCUUUACAGCAACCAGUGACCGUAGUUUGAAAUGGUCAGCACAAAUCUGUCAAUAACGAUGACCAAAAUGGAUGUAUUUAUAAGUGUGUAACUAAAAAAGUGUCAAGACGUUCUCACAGUCUCACAUUUUGUUCGGAUUCACAUUAUCGUGCCUCUCCUGAAAAAAUGUAUUCACUUAAAUCUUUAAAGAAUGUUUAACAACUUUUUGUACAUGAAUGGCCGUUUUCGCUGUUUUUAUAGUUUUCCAUCACCACGUUUGUUGUUCACUAUUCAAGUUCCCCUUUUUAAUAUUUUUAAAAGUCUGAAUCUAAUGCCUUUUCUGUAAAAGAACAAAACAUGUCAGAUGUUCAUAAUAAUAACAAUCAUGCUCGUUACAUGAGAGAAAAAGAAAACUGGAGCGAAACUGAUGGGAGUUGAAUAGUCUGUCAAUUGGUUCAUAUGUGUCAAUUUUACUGACAAUAUUAUGUUUUUACAGAAAAGACAUCUUGAAUUGUGCAAAAUAUUUUACGUAUGAAAGUGCAAAGUCAAGUGCAAAAAUUGCUGAAUGUCGGUGUUCUAUGGGAGGCUACCAACCCUCGUCAUACCGGAGCGUGGAAUUGCUUAUAAUUUAUACGCCUGUGAAAGUCUAUAAAAGAUAUAAAUAAAGUCAUAAAACAUGCUAAAACUGUAGAGAUUCUGACUA